CCGUUAUUUGCCCCUUUUCCCCCUCCCAGAAGGGGCGCUGUUUUUCCCUCACCUUCUUCUACCCUUUCUCACAUAUUCGGAGUCCCUCGGUCGAGCUCCCACAACUCCAUUGAUGGCCACCAAAGUCUUUAUCGUAUACUACUCUAUGUAUGGCCAUGUUGAGAGGUUAGCUGAAGAGAUAAAAAAAGGUGCCUCAUCUAUUGAAGGAGUGGAAGCUAAAAUGUGGCAGGUACCUGAAAUCCUCCCUGAUGAAGUUCUUGUGAAAAUGAGUGCACCUCCUAAAAGCGAAGUACCAAUUAUCACAGCAAACCAACUUGCUGAGGCAGAUGGUGUUCUAUUUGGAUUUCCAACUAGAUUUGGUAUGAUGGCUGCACAAUUCAAAGCAUUUCUUGAUGCAACUGGAGGUCUUUGGAGAUCUCAACAGCUUGCAGGCAAGCCUGCAGGAAUCUUCUAUAGCACUGGAUCUCAAGGCGGUGGACAGGAGACUACUCCUUUGACUGCAAUAACUCAGCUGGUUCACCAUGGAAUGAUCUUUGUGCCCAUUGGUUAUACCUUUGGAGCUGGUAUGUUUGAGAUGGAGAAGGUGAAGGGAGGCAGCCCUUAUGGUGCAGGCACUUAUGCUGGGGAUGGUACCAGAGUCCCAUCUGAGCUUGAAUUGGAGCAAGCUUUUCAUCAGGGAAGAUAUUUUGCAGUAAUGGCAAAGAAGCUUAAGACAUCUGCUUGAUCUCUGAUGAACAUAAAUGUUCAAAAGGUCGACUUCAAAAUAUAAAACAUAUAUGUACAGUCUUUGUCUUUGUUUUCUGCAAUUUAUCUCUGGUUGUUAAUACUGCAAGGUUGUUUGAUUCUUGUGCCCAGCGAGAUAUUAUUUGUACCAUUAGAUCGAUGGAUCAUGUCCUGUGAAGUUUUUCUUCUAAUGGUAACCACCUAUCUCUUGUUUCCUUC